ACUUAGAGUGCACUGUUGCUUUUGUGGCGAACAGCAAUUGAUAGAGGUGGAGAACAGUCCGUCAGUAGCGUGGGGAAGGGACGCAUUGCAUUGAGUAUUUUAGGCGCCGGUUGACACCAUCGACAUGCACUCAAUUGAGGACAUAGACAAGCCCAGGGCAAUGGAAUCGACUGGGGGAAGCAGGGAAAUCUGUAUUCUAUUUGACGGUUUGGCGAGCAUGUUAUCUUUGUGUGUGCGCUGCUCCCCCUACUUUUCACCCCUCCCUCCCUCUGCUCUCCCUUCGCCAACACCAAUAUGGAAGAAAGUGCCUGCUGACACAUGUCAAGCAACUCAAUUGGGGAUUUGAUAAAUGACAGUGUGACACGUAUCGUAAUAAUUGAGAAGUGUGCAUGUUGGAUCUGACAUCGAGAUUGGAUGGGUUGCUGUUUGCAGCUGAAUCUGGCGCUCGUUUGUAUGUCAGUUGCCUCGUAUUUCGCGAUUUGGUGGACGAGGAUGUGGCACAAGCGUAUGGGAUUGAUCCAAAGGUCUAUGCGGACAAAUGCAUAUGCAUUGUCUCCAAGUGGCCGUACUUGCAGGUUUUCCGAGAGGCUCUGGAGGAGAUCCAUCGGCUCUGCUAUUCUCCUGGGGGUUGCAGCAAACCGCUAUGGGAGAUAAUAGCUCACCUUGUAACGGCCGUGCCGCUGCCAACCCCAGGGAAAGGGCAAGUUCUCUUUGCAGUUGAGAACUGCCUUCUUUCAACGAGUGCUCCAAUCAAAGAUGGCCUACCACUUGCUGAUUUCUCUUUUCAGCCAUUGGUGCAAUGCCUGGAUGUUGACAACUUGAUCCGGCUUUUCACAGUUGUACUCUUGGAAAGACACGUACUGCUUCGCUCAAGCAGGUACUCAUUGUUGACAAUUGUGGCGGAGUCCAUCAUUCGGCUUAUUUACCCCAUCACAUGGCUGGGGCACGAAAAUCUCAGAUCAACCACGGAUAAAUUCUCGAUCCUGGUACUCAGCAAAAACAUGAUGAUGGUAGUUUUCAAAGAUGCUGAUCAGGCAUCAAAUCUGAUCAGCAGGCACACCAUCUUAAACUGUAAUGGUUCAGUAUGCUCCCUAUCCAGAUGGAAGCAGGAGAUGGCACAGAAACCCACCAUCUCCCCGGCGACAGCACAGAAACAAAGGCUUAUGAGGGACCAAUUUUGGGUCCAGUUUGACAACAUCCCCAUCAGGGGUCAUCCACUGAUAAAGGAUCGCCUGGAGGUUGAAUACCCGAACAACAAAGUGUUGAAAUGGGUGCUCCCCACACCAGACUUCCUAGCCCCUCAUUGCGACUCCACUGCCGUCUUGGAAGUGAAUUCCGAAACGAACCCAGAAUUUCCGGAAGAAUGGGAAUUCUGCAUCGGAGAGGAAACGUCUUCAGUCACAGUCUCAACUAAAGACGCUCCCAUCUGUUUCAGAUGCAGAGAAAGAGGACACCUGGGUACUGACCCAGCCUGCGCGAGAUCCCCUAAACACUCGAAGGAGAAGAAACUGAGACAGAACAUGCUGGUGGAAGUGGAAGAAGCAAAGGGCAUUUGGUUCGUCAAUGACCAGGACUACAAUGGCUGGGUCUUUGACGAUACUAUAGAUGAUCCAAAGUGGAUCUGGACAUACAGCACGAACUCGACAACAAAACAACCAGACAUUUCCCCCCCCUCAGACAGCAGAUGGCACGCAGUGGGAGCUAAAAAGGUAACAGGGAUACCAGGGAAAAUCCACAAAGACCAGAUCAUCGACCCACGAGCAAUCAGGGAAGAAAAGAAACACGAGGAUCUGCUGUGGGACAUGGAGACAAUCCGAAUCCAGACAGCAGAAGCAUGCCAAAAUACCAACCUGGACAACAACACUUUGAUUCAAGUAGCUAAACAGACCCUCAAGCACCGCCACCCCAAAGCAGAGGUCCCCCCGGCGCUCAAACGGAAUGCCUCCCCCUCCUCCAAAGGAAACCAAGAGGACAGAGCAGGAAAGAAGAGGAGGGCAACAGAGGAGGACUCAAGCAAGAUACACAAAUUUGAGCAAUCCCCCACAGGCAACAAGUCCCCCGGGGCAGACCCGAGCUCACCAGCAGCCUCGCAGACAGGAACGGACAUCUCUCCAAAUAAAACGAGUCCCAUUCCGUGGCUGGAGGAGUACCUGCAGAGAGCAAAGUACGAGAGAGAAAAGGAAUUCGGCGUAGGACUAGCCUGGAAACCGGCCACUGGUAAAACAGUGGCAGGAAUCCCCCACUCCAAGAACUUCUUCGAACUGCUGCGCAUGAAAUCUGAACUCUCGGAAUUCAGUGCUUUCAGAUACUAUGAAAAGAAGCGAGAGAGAGAUUCGGCAGGAACAGAGACUGACACAGGAUUCGACCCCCGGACAUCAGUGGACUCCAUCCGGGACAUGGUUUCCAAGAACUGGAAACCGUCGAAAGGGAGGGAAAAGAGGCCAAGGGCCCCCCCCAAAGACGAGGCAGGCAGCAAUAAUGAACAGCGCCGACUCACACAGGAGAUCGCAACAGUGGCAGCACAGACCAAGCGACUGUUCGACCAGAACAUGGACUACAAAAAGGAACAGGGGGAAAAUUUCAUCACAGUCCGGAUGAUAGCGGAAAACAAAGCGCUCAGCGUCACUAAAUCAGCAGCAACUGAUAGGGGGACCACCAGGGCAGUGAGACCACUGAUCCCAGUCCGGUUCAGAAGCAAAUUUAAUGAGUGGCAGGUGGCCACUGACGCAGCCUUCACAAUCCCCACCCUCGGCGACGACAGAGCCCUGGCUAAGAGCAUCAGGGACAACAUCUCCGCAGAUACCCCCCUGGGGGUGUUCGGGCUCCCACCACGAGAGUUGUCAGUCGAAGGGAAGAUGAUGGAUGAGCCGUUACUUACCCCCUUCGACCCCAUCCUGGUCAAGUUUGAGGAAAAAGCAAAACUCAGCGAUGGCCUGACAUGGAGGGCAUGGGACACGAUCACGAUGCUCCCACACAAUGUGCUGAACGGAAGAUUCMGCACGACGGACAUCAUCGCUGACUCGCUGGCAGACAUUAUCAGARCCAWUCUCUUGACAUCCAGGACGUCGCUGCAAGACKWGGCAACCCCCAUCUACGUGGAGAUGGGGUUGGAGGAAGUGGACAUGGCAACCGAAGAAGAGGAGAUCGUGGGAACGGGAGACAAGUUUUCACCAGGGGGAGAGUACGAGGAGCCACUGCCGACAACAGGGAGCAGCGCUGGGGAGUACAGCAUGGGCACCUCAACAACGAAGGCUGACAGCAGGGAUUCGGAUGCCGAGAGCAGCAAGGCCCAGGCCGCAGUGGACUGAGAUCCCUCCUCAAGGGCUAACAAAACUCACCUCACUAA